CCUCCGGGGGCUCUUCAGCUCUGCAUGGCGGCGGGCGGCGAGGCGUUGGGGCGGGCGGCGCUGGUGCUGCCCUACUACGGCUUCUCCAUUGGCAUCACCUUCUACAACAAGUGGCUCAUGAAGAGCUUCCCUUUCCCGCUGCUCGUCACGUUGCUGCACCUCCUCCUCUCCUUCAGCCUCUCGGCGCUGGCCCGCGCCCUGGCGCACUGCCGCUCCGGGCGGCCGCGGGCCGCGCUCUCCUGCACCGACUGCCUGCACCGGGUGGCCCCCGCAGCUCUGUUGACUUCCUUGGAUAUUGGGCUGAGUAACUGGAGCUUCCUCUAUGUCACUGUCUCCCUCUACACCAUGACCAAAUCCUCUGCCAUUCUUUUCAUUGUGCUUUUUUCACUGCUCUUCAAGCUGGAAGAAGCGAGGCUGACAUUGCUGCUGGUGGUUCUGCUCAUCGCUGCAGGGCUCUUCAUGUUCACCUACAAGUCCACACAGUUCAGCACUCAGGGCUUCAUGCUGGUGCUGUGUGCCUCCUUCCUUGGGGGUAUUCGCUGGACUCUCACGCAGUUACUCAUGCAGAAGGCUGAGCUGGGGCUCCAGAACCCCAUUGAUACCAUGUUCCACCUGCAGCCGCUCAUGUUCCUGGGGCUCUUCCCACUCUUUGCGGUGUUUGAGGGCCUGCCUUUGUCCGUAUCAGAGAAGCUCUUCCAUUUCCAUGAAGCAGGAAUGCUGCUUUCUCUGGUAGGGAAGCUGUUCUUGGGUGGAAUUCUUGCCUUUGGUCUAGGCUUUUCUGAGUUCCUCUUGGUUUCCAGAACAUCCAGCCUCACCUUUUCCAUUGCUGGCGUGUUUAAGGAAAUCUGCAUUUUAUUUCUGGCCACACAUUUGCUGGGAGACUGCCUCAGCCCUCUCAACUGGCUAGGCUUUGUUGUCUGUCUAUCGGGAAUCUCCCUUCACCUUAUUCUCAAAGCCAUGAGUUCCCAAGGUGAAAAAUCACUGAAGCUACACAGAGAGCCCAGCUCUGAGCCUGACCUGGAGCUGCUGCUGCUGCACCAGCCUAAACACGAGGAGGAAGAGGAGGACGUUGAAACCCCACAACAAUGACUGAACAUGAAGCACAAAGCCCCCUGCUCUGUUCUUGCCAAACCUGCCUGACAGCUAUCUAGAAGGAGGGUCCAAGAGUCUCUGUCUGUGACUGCCAAGGAGAGCCAAAGCCUGGUGAGAGA